AAAGCUAGCAUUUUCCAAAGUUUCGUCCAUUAUGUUUGCCGAAAAACUGCAUUGUCGAGAAUUCUCGAUAUGCAGUCGAUAGAUCUCUUGGCGCACUCCUGCCUCGUGAACUCGUCAAUUGUCGACGACCUGUCACGAGAGCGAAAUGCACGCAACGGCGCAAAGGAAGAAAACGACGCGUCGGCGAUUCCCCAAGAGCGAGGUCCCCGCGUAGCAACUUCCGGCGCGCACGGAAUUCCUGAGAUUGUUUUUUCACGACGCACAGGUAGCUGCCCUUUCGAGCUCGAGAGAGGGGAGAGAGCCGGCGCUAUUGUGACGGGCUUUGCCCUACGCGCGCACAGGUGGCUGCCUGGUCUCUCUCUCUCUCCCCCCCUCGUCGAUCCCUUUAAAAAUCACUGGCGGCUGCCGGAGGCGUGCGUCGACGGGCGAACUGGAUUCGGGGACGGCGGGGCGCGGGCAGGCGAGCCGAGGCGGCCAUGUUGGGCCCCCGUCGGCAGGAUUUCCUCCGAGCGCCGCGCGAGAAUCUCGGCAGUCGCGUAUAGUCCGUGCCUAUAGUCCGUGCGCGAGCGCUGUAUACUUUCCCCGCGGCGCGUGUUUUUCCACACGCGACGACGCCGCGCCAUCUCGCGCGUGCAUUCGCGCGCGAGUGAAAGGUCGCGACGGCGAGUAUGUGGCCCAGCGGCGGGCGCAGCGGCAUCCUCGUCAGCGCCAGCAGCAGCCGGGAAAUGGGCCUGGUCGCGUCGUAGCGUCGCACGACAUGUCGAGCAGCAGCAAGCCGCAGGCGAAGGUCCAGCAGCAGCCAGAGCCGCCGAGGUACCAGCCGCCGCCGCAACCGCCCCCGUCGGCCGCCAAAGGCACUGGCGCCGCGAGCAGCGCGUCCGGCAGCGCGAGCUCGCUGUUCACCGCCAAGCAGCUGCACCAGAUGCACCAGCAGCAGGCGGCCAAGCUCGCCAGCCAGGUGAAGGAUGCCGUGCAGGCCAAGUUCCAGCCCCACAAGCUAGACCGGACGGCGGACAAGCUGCAAGGGGGCUUCGGCUUGCAUCAGUCCAAGAGCUACUUGCCCUCGGGCAUUCCGACGCCAACGGCGGCUACGCCCACGUCGCUGACGACGAGCAGCAGCGCGCAGCAGCAGCAGCAGCAGCAUCAGCAACAGCAACAGCUACAGCAACAGCAACAGCAGCAGCAGCAGCAGCAGCAGCAGCAGCAGCAGCAGCAGCAGCAGCUGCAGCAACUCGGCGGCAGUGGCUUGCCGAUCGCCAGCGCGCCACUGCAUGGACUUCAACAGCCAGCCGCCGCAGCAGCAGCGGCAGCCGCUAGGCAGAGAAUAUCCGACGACGAGUUUCUGCGGCUCGGCCCCAUCGAGAUGCUCAAGUUCGUGAGGAAAACCGAGAGCGACAUCGCCAGGCUCGUCGCCGAGCAGCACCGACAGAUCCAGGCUCUGGUGAGCGAGCUACGAGCGCUGAAGGAGGCGAACCAGCGUCUGAGCGACGACAACCAGGAAUUGCGCGAUCUCUGCUGCUUCCUGGACGAUGAUCGCCAGAAGGGCCGUAAGCUCGCCCGCGAGUGGCAGCGCUUCGGACGCUACACCGCGAGCGUGAUGCGCCAGGAGGUGUCGGCCUACCAGAACAAGCUGCGCCAGCUGGACAACAAGCAGCAGGAGCUCAUCAAGGACAACCUCGAGCUGAAGGAGCUCUGCUUGUAUCUGGACGAGGAGCGCGGCGGCGGGCAGAGGGACGACGGCGACGGCUCGUCGUCCAGCACCAAUGCCGACGAAAGCGCACCCGCGCCCACGAGGAUGUCUCGCCACGCUGCUUCGACGUUCAACGAUCAAAUGAUGCAGUACGUGAGGAGUUUGGAGCAGCGUAUAAAGCAAUUGGAAGAGGACAAGAGCGUGUUACAAGCGCGAGCGCAGCAGGGCUGGGCACCGAACGAGCCGUGGGACAACCAGCGUAACGCCGACGAUUGCCACUUGGGCAGCCGACCUGAGGCCGUCGUUCGAGCUCUGCAGGUACUCGAAGUCAGAGAGCAGCUUGAACGAGAAGCUGGACACGAUGGCGAGAAGGCCCUCGUACGGGAGAUGUGCAAUGUCGUGUGGAGAAAGUUGGAGGAAGGACCCGUGCAAAAACGGCAUUGACCAGCACGGCUCUCUCAUUGCAACUGUACCUCUGUGCACAUCGAUCGAACCGCAUACAUCGACACUUAAACCUAAGCAACGAAUAAUGUGUACUUAUUUCUUCUCUUGUUUAAUUACUUUUGUACUAUUGAUAUCAUUCCUGAGUUGUAAGUAUUUUUUUUGUAAGUAAUUAUUAACUACCCUGUACAAAGAUUGCUAGCUUGUAAAACCAAUCUCAUUACUGUUGUUUUUAAAAAUAUAUGUGAGUAUAUAUACAUGUAUAUACACA